CCCAACUGUCCACCAGAACAGACUGACUGCAGAGUGUUUCGACACUAGUGUGGCUGUUUAGUCGCUUAUCGCCUAGUAGAACGAUUCGCCAAGUCGUAGCGCACGUAAUCGGGCAACCUUUUGGGGUGACAAAAGUCACGCAGAAAAGUGUAUCCGCCGUGUGAAACUAUUGCGUCGAGCGUGUAUUUGAGUGGCCAUCGGACGGGGAAUAUUCUACGCCCGAUUUUCUCAGUGGAAUUUAAAGCUCUGUCAGCUGAAAAGAGCAUCUAGUGCAUAGAAAAGUUUCAACGCGUACAAUAAAUCGCUAUCACGUGUCAGUGAAUAACCAAACAAGCAGCGUUUCAGUAAAAGAGACAGUGAACCAGCCCUACCAAAAUGAGUCCAGACGUCAUAAGUGAACCGAGCAACGGCAUCCUGGACAGGGUGGUGAAGUUUUUCGUAGAAAAUCAAGAUGAGCGCACGAAGGAGUGGUUCCUGUCCGGUUCCAUCACGCCGCUGAUCAUGAUCCUCGUCACGUACCUGUACUUCUGCCUGUACGCUGGACCCCGGUACAUGGCCAAGCGGAAGCCCUUCAAGCUGGAGGGUGUGCUGAUCGCGUACAACGCGGUGCAGGUGGUGCUCAGCAUCGUGCUAGUGUAUGAAGGAAUUGAGGGCGGAUGGAGGAAACACUACAACUACUCCUGCCAACCCGUGGACUACAGCCGCAACCCGGUUGCAAUGAGGAUGGCUCGUGCCGUUUGGAUGUACUACAUGUGCAAGGUCGUGGAGCUGCUCGACACGGUGUUCUUUGUACUGCGGAAGAAACAGAACCAGGUUUCGUUCCUGCACGUCUACCACCACACCCUGAUGCCGGUCUGUGGCUUCAUUGGCGUCAAGUACUUUGCCGGAGGUCACGGUACACUGUUGGGCGUCAUCAACUCGUUCAUCCACGUCUGCAUGUACGCGUACUACAUGCUGGCCGCGAUGGGACCGAAGGUUCAAAAGUACCUGUGGUGGAAGCGUUACCUGACCGUGAUGCAGAUCGUGCAGUUCAUCAUUGUGUUCUUCCACACGGUGCAGGUGCAGUUCCAGCCGACCUGCGGCUACCCGAAAUCGAUCGCCGCCCUGCUGACGCUGAACGCCGGCCUGUUCAUCUACAUGUUCAGCUCGUUCUACGUGCACUCGUACAUCCGCAAGUCGAACGGUGCGGCACCGCAGCGCACCGCCGGCAAGGCGGGCGAGGAAAACAACAACCAGUUGGAAUGCAAACCAAAGGACGCCGUCGAGGCGAACACGCGGCCAGCCGUCGAGGCUAAGAAGGCGCUGUAGGCUAGCACAUUGCGUAUAAUAAUCUCUCUUCGUCUUGCGUGUGCGUGCGCGCGCGAGAGUAACCUGCUUGUACUGUUCGGAGGCAAGGGUGCAAGCAUUACACCAGGGCAGGGCGCACGGUGGAGCAGAGCUGGCGGAACAACCCGGAACAACAGUCGGCGGUACACGGGAAGGGAUCCAAAGAAAUGAAGGGAGAAAGGAGGUGUGGGAGUUUGAAUGCUAAACAAGAUGCACAAUCAACCCGCAACAGCUCCUAAUUCGGCAAGCUCCGAAAAGCUCGCCGGAGUUUGUUAGAGUGUAGGAUAAAAAAAGAACAAGAAGAGGAAGAAGAAGAAAGGCAAAAUGAAAGCCUUGGAUGAUCAUCGGCAGAAUAUCUGUUGCGGUAGAAUGCGCCUAACUACAUCGCAAAGUCAACAACAACAUCGUGCACAUACAAAACACAUUCCACUCCACAAAUCCCCGCAGUCCGUGCCUUUCGUGAUCUCGUGAUGCUUGAUGUAACAUCCCUCGACGACGUUUUGGGGGCAGACGUUUGGUGAGAGCCGGGAGAAAGUGAUCUCGAGCUUUCGCGAGCAUCUGCAACACAUAUGGGCAGCUUCUGAUACCUCCGAUACAGUGUGUAUGCGUGUGUGCGUGUGUGAGUGUGUCCUUGGGUAACUGGUUGUGUUUUUGCUUGCCUCAAAGCCUCCAUUCCAAACCGAAGUUUAGUCCUUCCGGGAGCAGUGUAUUGUUUUUUUUUUUGUCGUAUACUAUGUUUAGCUGAAGCCGACGCGUGCGAGAUGUACAUUUUUUUGCCUAGAUUAUUUAAUUUAAACACGGAAAUGAGAAACGGUACCGAUUA